CUCGGGCUUCACUUGUUCACUGACAACCGAAGAGAGAACAUGGAUUUACACAGAGCCGCAAUGCUGAACUUUGUGGAUUGUAAUGUUGAUGAAAUGGACACGAAAAACAGGAAAACGCAGCAGUGCGAGGAUCGCGUCGACAGCGGCGUGGACUCGCUAAAAGAAGAGGAAUAUGAGACGCGGGAGAUUUCGGAGGAGAUGGAGAAAUUGACUAUAGCAAGCCUGAAGGAGACAAUAUGCGAGCCUUGGGCUAAAGUAGUCACCGAGGACGGAGACACGUAUCUGCACCUUGCCAUCAUUCACGAGGCAGAGGAUUAUGCCGUGCAGAUCAUCAAACAGUGCCAGAACGACCCGUACCUGAACAGACAGAACAACCAGAGACAGACUGCUCUGCAUCUGGCCGUUGUCACAGAACAGCCACAAAUGGUGGAAAGACUCCUGAAAGCCGGCUGCGACCCUCAGCUUGUUGAUCAGAGCGGAAACACAGCCCUGCACCUCGCCUGCAAACAAGGCUCGCUGGCGUGUUUCUCAGUCCUCACUCAGAUUCAGACCCAGCACCUGCGUUCCAUUCUUACCUUCCCUAACUACAGCGGACACACGUGCCUUCAUAUAGCAGCCAUUAAUAAUUACCUGUCCAUGGUGGAGAGUCUGGUCCAGCUUGGGGCAGAUGUAGACGCAAAGGAGCAGUGUAGUGGCCGUACGUCGCUCCAUUUGGCCGUAGACCUGCAGAACCUGGAUCUGGUGCACACACUCAUAGCUCUGGGAGCCGAUGCCAAUAGUUUAACCUACGGCGGAUACACAGCGUACCACCUGACCUUCGGCAGACACAACAGCGAGAUCCAGAGGCAGCUUUACAGCCGGACAGCCCUUAAAUUCACAGUCAUGCCAGAGAGCGAAUCGGAGGAGAGCGAAGAUGAGCUCAUGUCUGAGGACGAUUGUAUUUAUGAUGACAUCCGGCUCUGUGGGAGAUAGUUUGGAAAUUAAGACUACAUUGCCCACAAUGUAAAGCAGCUGUAGGUGCUCAAUGCCUGUGUCGAGUCCUGGGACGCCAAUCCAUUUUUGGAGCUCCAAGAGAUGGAUACAUGCUGCCUCGUCCUGGGGCCGACAGCGGUGGUACUGUUAAACACGGAUGAACUGCAUGGACCAAAAAAAAAGACUUUACCAAAGAGUUGUGAAAAUGUGUAUAUUUUGUAAAUAACCAGAGAUAUCUAUUUUUAUAUGUGUAAAUAUGUCCAAUGAAGAACACUUGUUAAUAAUGUGUAUAGUCUCUAUAUAAAUAUAUAUUGCACAGUGAAAAUUUGUUUUGUUAACAUUAAAAACUAAAAGAUGAGAAGUGAA